AUGCUUACUCUUUUUUUGAUCGUCGUCCUCAUCUGGGCAAUACUCGUGCAGCCAUUGAUCUCUUAUUUCAUGGACCGUAAGAGCCUCCGGAAAUUUCCGGCGCCGUCUCUCGCUGGCUUUACAUCCCUAUGGCGCAUCUGGCACAAUCUUCAGAACAGGCACUAUCUCGCCAUCCACCAUGCUCACAAGCAACUCGGUAGCCAUGUCCGCAUCGCGCCAAACCACAUUUCCGUUUUGGGCGCAGACGCCGUGAUCGACAUUUACGGACACGGUGCAGGGAUGCUCAAAGAUGCUUGGUACGACGGUGGGGCGGGCGACUUCAGGCACAUGGCCGAUGUACGGGUCAAGACCGAGCAUCAAGCCAAGAGAAAGCUCCUUGCACACGUUUUUGCACAAAAGACCAUCGCCAACCUUGAGCCCGUCGUGGCGGACACCAUCUCCACGCUGAUGGCACAAGUCGACCGGCAUAUCAGCGCUGGCAAGACGAUCAAUAUGAGGCGAUUUAUGAACUAUUUCACCAUCGAUCUAUUCGGCAAGCUGCUUUACUCGCGUCACCUGGGUUGCCUAGAACGAGGCGACGAUAUCGUGACCGCUGAGACGCCUGAUGGUAGAACCUACACGGCUCCAUUCAUCCAGUCCCUGCUCGACGCCACGGUCAUCAACACUGCUCUGGGCAUGGAAGCAGGGCUCUUGCCAGUGACUCGGUUCUUACUGGCGUGGCACCCGUACAAGAAAGCCGGCGCCGAUUUCGAAAACAUCAUCCGCCAUAAUACGCAGUGUCGCUUGCGAGACCAGACGGCCCAGGACGACAUCUUCUCCAAACUAGUGAAAGAUAACAAAGGAUGUGACCUUAAUCUCCCAGUUGGCGAGAUUCUUGCAGAGUGUUCUGUCAUGAUGAACGCUGGGACGGAGACCACGACUGCUACAUUCACCAAUGCGCUCUUCCUCCUGUACAAACACCCGUCCGUUCUCGCGAAGUUGCGCAAGGAACUCGACGGCGCGUGCGGGGACGCGGAGGUACUGAGCUACGAGACCGUCAGUAAAUUGACAUAUCUCCGUGCUUGCGUCGAGGAAUCUCUACGGGUAAGACCAGCAUCAUCCUUUGGCCUCCCUCGAGUGAUACCCGAUGGUGGACGAAUGGUGGGAGGCAUAUGGAUAGAUGAGGGCGUGACCGUUUCGGUGCCGACUUACAGCAUGUUGAAGGAUGAAGAGGCAUUCGAACAAGCUGAUACUUUCAUCCCGGAGCGUUGGAUCACAGAAGAUAAGGAGAAAAAGGAAAGGAUGAUGAGGAACCACCUGCCGUUUAGUUUCGGUCCUCGAGCUUGCAUCGGGCGCAAUAUUGCUUAUUUCGAGCAGCUCCUGGUCCUCGCGAGCCUGGUGAGGGCUUUCGAUUUCGAGAUACCUGAGGGUUUCGAAAUGCAGACUAUCGAGCGGUUCAACUCGAAUCCAGGGGACUUAGUUGUCAAGGCAAGACGGAGAGCCAGAUUCUCCAGAAUGCUAGAUUACCACCCUUUCCAACCCGAGUCGUACGAUGCUGGCACGCUAGGGUCUAAGCUAUCAGCAAUAAAGCAGUCCACGCGAUCGAGGUCCCAUUCCGACCCCAACACCGCAGACAGGUCGGAAGAGGGAUGGAAGUCCCCAAGCACACUCUGGCUGUUUGGGAGAGCCUCGAAGCUUCCCACAGUACUAUCAGUCACGGACGUCUCGGUCCCCGGCCGCGUUGGCAUCCCUGGCGCCGACAAGAGACUUCCACGUAACGGCCGAAGCAUUGAUUGA